CACCAAAAUGACCCCCGUGCAUUCCUCCUCCGCCGCCGCCCACUUCCGGUGGACGACAGGCCGAUGGCGACUGUCAUUCCGGAGGAGGACGAAGCUGCCCACCGUCCGACUAGGAGGAGCUGGUGGGAAGAAGCCCCGCAGGAGAUUCUUUCUGGUGAGGCUCUGGAGACGUGUGAAGUUGAGGGCGCUGAAGCACAAGUAUAUUUGCAUGGUGAAGAAGCUGAAGGAUUAUUAUGGUGGUUUAGUGAAGGAGCUGAUGGAAGCAGGAGGUGCGAUGGAGCCUUUCCAGCAGAGAAUCCUGAUAGAGACUUCAUUUGCUGUUCCCGUCAUGGGUCUGUCCUUCAACAGCUUCCCCAACAACUAUGCCUUAGACCACCGCUCAGUUUCAACCCAUCCGCCUCAUCAUCUUCUUCAUCAUCAUGUAUAAAUUCAUACGAUUUUCGGGUUCA